AUGGUGGGUUUGAAAGCUAGUCUUAACGAGCAGGAAGAGAAACUGCAAUGCAAGAAAGGCGCGAUAGUCAUCCCAACUGAAGAAGCCGGCACUUACGACGUGAUCGUGGUCGGCGGUGGGCUCAGCGGCGUGUGCGCUGCCGUCGCUUCGGCCAGGACCGGGGCACGGACGUUACUUGUGGAGGCUCUGCCGUCUGUUGGUGGAAACGGCACGACAGGUUUGCCUAUAAGCGGGUUAUGCGCGCGAAAUUCCAACAAGAUCAUCGUCCAGGGUAUUGUCUCUGAGAUUCUACAUAGGCUGUGCUCUAGGAAUGGCAGUUGCAGCGACUUUUUCUGCAAGCGCUGGAUCCCCAUCGACGCCGAGCAGUUGCAGAUCGUGCUCGGAGAAAUCCUGGAAUCGGCUAACGUCGACGUUCUCACCUACUCCCCUCUCCUCGCUGUGGUGAGCGAGCAGAGCACGCUUCGAGAGGCCAUCUUCUACAAUAAGGACGGGUGCGCAUUGCGAUAUCAGGCUAAGAUGUUUGUGGACGCGACGGGCGACGCUCAAGUGGCGCGGCUUGCCGGUAUCACCACUGUAAUGGGCCGCCAGCACGACGGCCUCACGCAGACCAUGUCUCUGGUCUUCUCGGUGGCUGGCAUAGACGAGAGUCGUGCCCCCGCAAACGAUAUUGUCGUCGACCUCUGGCACAAGCUGCAAGAUACAGGCCACAUCAAGCUCAACCAGCGGCGCAACCCUUCAUUCAAUAGCAUGAUUCAUCGCCCUGGCUGGCGCUCCCUCAUCGCAACCCGGGUUCAGGUCCCUAAAGGGACAGAUAACCGCUUCCUCUCCCAGGCUGAGCUCAUAGGUCGGAAACAGGUGGAUGAAUUUAUCGAAUCCUUUUUGCAUCCGCACGUUCCGGGCUACGAAGGGUGUUUUCUGGCCCAGAUCGCUGGCCACAUCGGGGUACGCGAGACGCGUCGAAUUGUCGGCCUUUACGAAAUCACUGCCGAAGACCUGCUGAUGGGGAGGAAACAUGCCGACGCCAUCGCCUGCAAUGCUAGCUCCAUUGAGAACCACAAGGCCGAUUCCUCCAGCACGGAGUGGCAGCACCUUCGGGAUGGCGAAUAUUACACGGUUCCCUUACGCGCGCUGGUGGCGCUCGAGGCAACCAAUUUAUUUGCCUGUGGACGAUGUAUCAGUGCGACCCAUGAGGCCCUGGCGGCGCUUCGUGUUUUGAGUCCUUCGAUGGCGACCGGCCAGGCUGCCGGUACAGCGGCAGCUCUAGCAGCUCUGAAGCGGUUGUCAAGUCACGACCUCGACCCUAACCUGGUUAGGGGGGCAUUGGCCGUCGCAGGCGCGGUGAUUGAUUGA